AUGUAUAAUGGAGUCGACUUCUUCGCCAUCGAGGCAAAGCUACCAGCUGACGGCCUGUCUGCCUCUCCAGAUUGGUGCAGGGACUAUCAACAUCUUUGCGGUGAAUACGGUUUGAGGCCCACGGGCUGUGGGGAAGACAAUGCAGUCGAGGGUGGGAGGCGCAGCCACAUCAACCAUAUCCGGUGUGUGACUGAGUACAACUCUGACCCCUACAUCAACAACGUGCUUGGCUGUAGCGCGGCCAGGCGUGUAGCCGAGGUGGUGAACUUGGCUUUCUCAGCCGGGGCUACAUGGCAGAGGAAUAGUUUCGGCUUUAUGAGCUGUCACCCUAACUACUGCCAACGUGGGAUAUUCCAGAGUCAAGACAGUCUGUACAACGCAGCAGGAGCCUUUGGACGGGACGGGAGCGGAGACAGGAUUGUGUACACCGUGUGUUCAGGCUCAGCAAAUAACAGUGGCUGUGCCCACACUUGGAACAAACUAGCAGGGGGAGGUUACAACUGUUCCUGUCGACAGAACUUUGCGCUGAUGGAAGAUGCCCAUGGCUGUGAAGGAAAGCAUGCCUUUGAGGUCCUCCGUACUGCAAACCAACAGUAUAAAGGAGUCGACUUCUUCGUCAUCAACGCAAAGCUGCCAGCUGACGGCUUGUCUGCCACUCCGGAGUGGUGCAUGGACUACAAACAUCUUUGUGAACAUUACAGACUGAGGCCCACGGGCUGUGGUGAGGACUAUGCAGUCCAGGGUGGAAGAUACAGCACAUCCGGCCGUAUCCGGUGCGUGGCUGUGUACAACUCUGACCCCUACAUCAACAAUGCGCUUGGCUGUGCGACGACUGAUAAUAGUGGAUGUGCCCAGAUUCGGAACAAACUCUCGGGGGGAGGUUACAACUGUUCCUGUCGGCCUGGUUUUGCCUUAAUGGAAGAUGCCCAUGGCUGUAAAGGAAAACAUGCAUUUGAAGUCCUCCGUACUGCAAACCAGACGUAUAAGGGAGUCGACUUCUUCGUCAUCGAGGCGAGGCUUCCAGCUGACGGCCUGUCUGCCUCUCCUGAGUGGUGUGUGACUGAGUACAACUCUGACCCCUACAUCAACAACGCGCUUGGCUGUGGGUCAGGCGGGCAUGUAUCUGAGGUAGCAAACUUGGCUUUCUCAGCCGGGGCUACAUGGCUUCAAAGUUUCAGCUUUUUUAACUGUACCACCAACACCUGCCAACGUCGGAUUAACGAGAGUCGUUCCAGUCUUUCUGACACUCAAGCAGCCUUUGGCUCAGACGGAGACAGGAUUGUGUACACCGUGUGUGCAGGAUCAGCAGUAAGCAAUAAUGAGUGUGGAACAGGAAACGGUGGCUGUGCUCAUGUGUGUAUCCACACUCUGAAUGGUCACAGGUGUAUCUGCAGACAGGGAUUCGCAUUGAUUGCAGACGGCCACGGCUGUGAAGAGUGCGGCCACUGCCUGGGCGGGGACGUAAACUGUGACCCAGUAUCGGGCUGCUCGGCUGGGUGUAGGGACGGGUGGAAGACACAGCUUUGCAACAAAACUGUGGAUCCACCAAUGGAGCUGGCCUUAACUGACAUCACGGAUGAAGGGUUCAAGGUCACGUGGUCUCCAUCCCCUGACCCUGACCUUCAGGGGUACCACGUGGUGGUGUCUGAGCUGGACCUGACGACAGCUGUCAAUCAGAGAACGGACCAGACAUGGCUCCAGGUGGUGGGACUGACAUCGCAAACUGAUUACAUCAUCAGGGUGACAGUGUCGGUCCUGUCUGAUGGUCGCUGGGCACAGAGCAACGCGACAACGACAGAGGCAACCACAAAGCACAACAAAUGCGCGACAGAGAACAGCCGGUGUGACCAGAUCUGCACCAUCGUCCCCGGGAGUUACAGGUGCUCCUGCCGGCUUGGCUUCGUGCUGAUGGAAGACGCCCACGGCUGUCGUGCUGUGGAUCCACCAAUGGAAAUGGCAGUAACUGGCAUCACGGAUGAAGGGUUCAAGGUCACAUGGUCUCCAUCCCCUGACCCUGACCUUCAGGGGUACCGUGUGGUGGUGUCCGAGCUGAGCACAACGACAGCUGUCAAUCAGAGCACUGACGAGGCGUGGUUUCUGGUGGUCGGCCUGUUACCAGAUACUGCUUACAUCAUCAGGGUGACAGCCCUGUUCUCUUCGGGUGGCUGGAGGUCACAGAGCGAGGUGACAGUGAUACGUACAAAAACAGCUUCAGAAACAACUAAGCAGACAAAAACCGCGGGUACUAUCGGCAGUCCGCCGGGUGGCAACAGAGCAACGUCAGCUGAUCAGGCUCUUGGUAACAGUCUGGAGAGCAUCUAUGCAGAAUCCGUCACCUUAGACCCACUGGAUGUACUCCGGAUUCUGGCUCAGGCUGCAGAUUUCUCUGGAGAUGAUGUUGUGUUGGGGCAGCCGACAUCAGCUGCUGAGGAACUGGCACAGGAUAUGGCCAUUGGUGUUCUGAUGUCCAUCACCCGCAAACUGGACCAGCUAGACAUGUCUGACCCGUCGACUGUCCAGUCUGUGGGAGGAUCUCUGGUGGAGUCUGUUGGUUCUCUGCUUGAGGACCCAAAGAGAGAUGAAGAAGAGGCUGAUGUGAAGCUCGCUUCUGAUCUCGAGGAGGACCAGAGUCUUUCUCCAAAGGAGCGCCUUCAAAAGGCAAAAGAAAAGAAGCAGGAGAACCAAGCUAAGAAACAAAGAUUUGUCCAGCAAGGCCGCCAGGUCCUGGGCGGUCUGUUCAACGCCAUCAUCGGCACCAUGAGGCCAGGAGCCCCUGCGGUCACCAUCGAGAGGGGUGGCAUCACGCUGCAUGUCCAGAGGAUUUGGGGUGAGCGGUUUGGAGGCCAGGUCGUGCAGACGGAGGAUGGGAGCUUCCAACUUCCGUCUAAAGCAGCGCUUUUCCCGGACUAUACACCGCACAACGUCGCUAUAAAGUUCAUGCAGUUUCAACGGAACCCUUUUACCUGGGGUCGUGGGGAGUACCAACCACGUUCGUCUGUCAUGGAACUGUCACUCCAACAGAACAACAUCCCCGUGGCCUUCAGCAACUUGACUGAAGACUUCAUCAUCACCAUUCCAGCCAAAUUAGGAAACAAACCAGCAACAACAACCGUCACCAUCCCUGCACAAGGAAACGGAAGUUCCAGAUACCAUUUGCUGAACCUCACCAACGCUGCAGAAGGCUUCCUGGUCACAAUCACCCCGCUUAACACCAGCUUGGUUUACCGUGUGUCGGGCAGGUACGGCGGCCGCCCUGAUGACCAAAACUACAACAUGUCCACAGAGACAUACGUCCUACCCGAGGAGUGUGCCUUGAUGAAAACUCUGAGUGGCGAGGAAGACACAGACAAAACAAAGGCAAUAAUGUUCAUUUCGGGAGAGGAUGGUCCUGUGGAUUACUACAUUGAGGUCCAAAUACUCGGACCAGUGACUGAGUGUGGCAGUGAGAAAAGAACCAACAUGAAUUCGAAGGAGCCACACGCCACUGACUUCUAUGCCUACCAGAUGGAAUGGGCCCGUUUGGGCUGUGUCUUCUGGAGCGAGAUGCAUGAAGCCUGGAGGCCAGACGGCUGCUCGAUAAGCAAGCAGUCCACCAUUACCAGCACUGUCUGUCACUGCAACCAUCUGACAGCCUUCGGGAGUGACUUCGCCACACCGCCUAACACCAUCGUGUUCGAGGCGUUGAACUUCAGGGAUCUUGUAGACAACGGUACCGUUGUAGCAACCAUCAUUGUGGUGCUCUGUUUCUACUUACUCGCAUCAGUGGUGAUCAAGAUUGCUGAGCGUACAGGAAUAAGGAAGUUAAAUGGAGCUGUAAGGUUGGACAACCUUCAGGACAACUUCCGAUACCGCCUCCUUAUCUGGACAGGUGCAGCUAAGCAUGCUGGGACGGAGUCGAUUGUAGCCUUCAACCUGUUAGGAGAUGCAGAAAAUUCUGGUGUGAGACUUGUUGACAUCACAGAAAAGGUUUUCACCCGAACCAGCCAGGUUACCCUUACCUUCAGCACAGCAGAACAGCUUGGUAAGGUGGAGCUGCUGCAGCUCAUGCACGACAACAGUGGGGAGGGCAGCCGCGCAUCGUGGAACGUGGACCGAGCAGCCGUAAAGGAUCUCACCACAGGCAAACUGUUUUAUUUCUUCUGCAACGAGUGGCUUGCAGCCGACCGCGGGGACGGGCAGGUCGUAAAGACCUUUCCUGUCGCCUCUGAGGAGGACCUGCAAUCCUUCGGGUUCCUGUUCCCGGCAAGUCUGUGGUCUACCCUGGUAGACGAACAUCUAUUUCUGUCCGUCGCUUUCAUGCCUGAAGAUAGCAUGUUCACCCGCAUCGAGAGGCUUGGCUGCUGCCUGAGUUUCUUCGCUGUGUCCAUGGUAUGCAGUGCCAUGUGGCUGAGGGACGAAGCAGAAACCGAGGUCGUGCAGGUCUUCAGCCUGGGGCCGUUCUCCUUCACCUUGAACGGAGUCUUCACGGGGUUCAUGGCCAGCAUCACCUGCCUUCCCGUUGUCCUGGCAAUAGUCCUGCUGUUCCAGUACAGCCGGCCGAGCGGCAGGGGCGACCGCCGGGUCCGAGACGUGGAGACUGGCGGCCCAGCAGAGGCACCCACACACGAGGGUCCAGCCAAGGGCCUGCCACACUGGUGCAAGUACGUGGCCUGGAUGCUGGUGGUGAUGUCUUUUCUGUUGCCAGCUGUCACCAUGCUGUACAGCUUGGACUGGGGCAGGGACAAGACUGAGAGUUGGCUGACUGUGUUCGUCAUCACCUUUCUGGUGGACAUCUUCCUUCUACAGCCACCGAAGGUAAGGGUAUGCUCUAUGUGGAAUUGUCUACAUGUAGAUGGUGAUGCAUUUCGCAUGAGGAGAAAGAUGGAGCGACAGUCAAUGACGUCCCUUAUCAACAUCAAACAAGCCAGGAGGAAGAAACAUAGGGAAAAAAGAUUUGGGAAAUCUUUCGGGACAUUAUGUGUUUUUUGCUGUUAUGUGCUGCUUGUCCUCGGCAUCUCCAACGAACACCACAACAUCACCCAGGCCUUCUAUCAGACACAGAGCACAACCAACACCUUUGUGCAGUCCUUGGAUGAGGUCAACGAUGCUGAUGCCUUCUGGUCCUGGCUGAACGGGACCGCUCUGGAGAACUUCUACCUGGACACUUCCUACAAUGGCCACAAGCUUCGCUGGCAGGAGAAGGGCUUCACAGCAGACAUGCAGUCGGUCCUGGUCGCCCCGCCUAGCAUGAUCCAAGCCCGAGUAAAGCCAGGGCUGUGCACGCUGCCAGCAGCAAUAUUAAUGCAGCAGUGGUUUGAUGAAUGUUCAUCAGGGUACGAUGGAACCAACACCAAAGGGAGACCGGGGGCGUUUCAAAGGGGUUGGGAAAGAGUCAUGAAUACGUCAGCGAUCGAGUCAGAAGCCCCUGGAUGGACCCACCUCCCCAGUGGAAACCCCAGUCUCCCCAUCUACGGUAGGACUACGCAGUACUGGGGAGACGGCUUUGGUCUGAACCUGGGAAAAUCUGCAGACGAGAUGCGAAGCAACCUAGCAGAGCUAAAGGCCAACCGUUGGAUCGACAAGCGGACGAGGGCCAUCUUCUUAGAGGCGUUGCUCUACGACGGAAACCUGGAUCUGUUUACAUCGCUGACGAUGGUGUUUGAAUUCUCCGAGACGGCCGGAGUUUUCACCCAUCAUCGCGUGCAGGCCUUCCGACUUCAUCAACGGCCGGGGACAAUCGGGUACAUCUACGUCCUGCUGGAAAUCAUUUACGUCAUCGUUCUCCUCUACACACUGUGGAAAGAGACGAAAACUGCACAAACAAACGGUUGGGCAUACCUGAGGGAGCCAUGGAACAUUGUCGAAAGCUUUAAUUUCUUCUUGGCAUUCACUGUCAUCGCCCUGUACAGCUUCAAGAGAACCUAUAGCUACAAGGCUCUGGCAGCGAUCAAUGCCGGGAAAGAUGAGGUCCACCAUUUCCGAUCUGCGGUGAACGUAAGCCUGGUUUAUGGCUGGUUCCUGGCCUUCCUGACGUUUGUCAACAUGUUGAAGUUCCUCCGGCUGCUGAGGUUCAACCCAUACCUCGCCAAGCUGAUGUCCGUGCUCCGAGGGAUGUCGGUGGAGUUCGCUUACUUCACCCUCUACCUCUUUCUCUACCAGGCAGCAUUCGGCGUCUGUGCUAAUCUCAUGUUCGGCCAUACGGUGACCGAGUACAGCACCAUCGGCAAAUCGUUCUCCACCUUGUUGCAGAUGUCUCUUGGACACUUCUAUUACUACGAGCUGCGGGAGGCAGCCCCCAUCUUCGGCCCCAUCUUCUACUUUACUUUCAUCUGCAUAAUCUUCCUGGUGCUGAUGAACAUCGCCGUUGCGAUCAUCAACAGCGGCCUUCCCAAUGUGCGGAAACACAUCAUGUCUGAGGAGGAGCAGUACUUCAUCCAGGGGUUGUGGGAACACUUCACGGCCUUAUUCGGCUUCUGGAAGGUGCCAGUCACAGAUAACAACUCAUUGGACACUCUACAUGACAGCCUGGUCGAGGUGGAGAUUAAAGUGGAGAAACUGUGGCUGAAGAGACAGUUGCACUUCAACCUUAAUAUGAAGGACGCAGACCUCCCCACAGAGCCUGAGUUUGUUCCGACUGUCAAAGAUGUCCCCGACGCUACAGUGGAACUUCAUGUCCUCAAAGGAGGCCGCCGCAUCAUCGAAAUCCGUCCUUCAUCCCCAAUCAACUGCACAGCUGACGGCAGUCAAGCGAUCUGCUCCGACAGCAAGACACCAGUAGUGGCGGCAUCCGGAGGCCCGCCAAAAAACACCCAGCUAAGUCACCAAACCAAGCAAGCCAUAAAAGUAAAGUCCAUCCCAUGUAAGAAGGAAAAAGGUUGCAAGACGUCGGCCAAGAGAGCUCAAACUGCUCUGAAUCAAGUGGGGUGGCGAAGUCUCAACUUGAGCGCUUGUGACAUGGCGGUUCUGACAAGAGACGAGAUGCUGACAGACGACCACAUCCAGGCUGCCCAGAGGCUGCUCCACCACCAGUACCCGGCACUCCAAGGCCUUGAAGCCCCUACAGUUGGUCUCUGUGAGGACGGGUUUGCCAAGAUGACUGGAAAGGGGCUACAAAUCCACCACAAUAACAGAAAGCACUGGGUUCUGUCCUGUUACACAGACGGACAGGUGUGCCUGUAUGACAGCCUCGGCGCCGAUAUGACCACAUCUCUGCAGGUCCAGCUUUACCAGUCCUACGCCACGUUUGCCGACCAAGAGAGUAACGUCCUGACCAUCAUCCUACCAGAGGUCAUCGCAGAGGGGCGAGACGUGAGCAGCAUUGCGUAUGACGACAGGAAGAUGAGGAGCCAUUUGGCGAUGUGUUUCAAACAAGGGAGGCUCGCACCUUUCCCUCGUCUGACCAGCCAGCAGAGAAAGAAAGUUGGUCUAACCAGAGUCAGCAGAAUCUCACUGGUUUGCCACUGCAAGCAGGAGGAGCGCCUGGGAAGGAUGGAGAGGUGCGUGGCAUGCCAGAGGAUCAUUCACGUCAGCUGCCUGCCAUUCAGCCCUCCCAGUGAUGACACGUGGGUAUGCGGAGACUGCGCGUAUUGGUAAUUUACACGUAGACUUGCCCUAUUUCAGCAUCUCCCCAGCUGCCCCCUGUACGAGGACGCACGACAAAUACUUGCCACCGAAGAACGUCGCCUGACAGA